AUGAUGUCCGCCGUUCAUCUGUGGGUAGCACAGUUCGGGAAAAAAAUGAGGGGAUCCUCCAAUAAAGGCGAAGAUAUCACUUCUACAUGGGAUAGUGCUUCAACUCCGAUGGACGAUAUCUUAGAUGCAAGGGGUGAAAAAGGUGUUUCACAUGGUCAGAUUCGAGUAGACCGAUUGCCAAUCUCAAAUUCUGCGCCUUUGCAAGAGAAGAAUGAAACCGAGCUGCAGCCAUCCGCCAAUGAGGCCAAAAUAGCUGAACACGAUCAUGAAGAAGAGCCAUUGUUUUCUCCAAACAGGAGCCCCAGAUGGCAGGAAAUCGCAGACUUCUAUGCAGAGGUGGGACGCAGACUCCGAGAGGAGAUCGAGAGGAAGGUGACUAUCGUUCAGCAAUCACCGGCGAGAUCUACCGUGGCCCAGGUACGGCAGACGAUCAAAGAAUUUGGUGACAAAUGUUACGAAUUCGAAGAGCUCCUAACUCAAGAGAAACUGGACUACAUCGAGCUGAAAGGAAAUCCCUGGGAAAUGACGUACACAGUCAAGGAGUCGAUAAACUAUAUGCUGAAGCUGAAAGAUAUGAGAGCUAAGCACCUAGAUGAGAUGAGAGAAUUGAGCCACUGGAUGGACCAAUUUUACCUGGCCCAUGAAUGGUACGAGAUCCUAGUGGCUGUCGGUCACAGGAAAUUGAUCGCUUGA